AUGCAAGAACCCACAGACCACGUCGUCACAUACCGCGGAGAAGUCGUCGAAAACAGACACCAAGUCCACGCCGCAAUUACAGACGCCACCGGCAGGCUCCUCUACGCCGUCGGUGAUCCCACACGCCUAACGCUGGCGCGAUCAGCCGCAAAACCCGCCCAAGCGCUCGCGGUGCUCGAGACCGGCGGACUCGAGCAAUGCGGCUUUAACGACGCCGAUCUAGCAUUGGUGUGUGCGUCACACAGCAGCGAGGACAAACACAUCUCCCGGGCCCUGGCCAUGCUAGCCAAGAUCCCCGCUGCCGAGACGGACCUGCGAUGUGGCGGCCACCCUGCGGUGUCGGAGGCGGUGAAUAGGGAAUGGAUUAAGCGGGAUUAUACACCGACAGGCGUGUGUAAUAACUGCUCGGGGAAGCAUGCUGGGAUGCUGGCUGGUGCCAAGGCCAUCGGUGCUGGCUUCGAGGGGUAUCAUCUGCCGACUCAUCCGAUGCAGGUGCGGGUUAAGCGUGUGGUUCAGGAGCUGAGUGGGCUGGACGAAAACGAAGUGAAAUGGAGUAUUGAUGGAUGUAACCUCCCUGCGCCAGCGCUUCCUCUGCAUAACCUGGCCAGGAUCUAUGCUACGAUUGCGGCAGCGACGGACGCGACGUCUGUGAGAACGAAGGCUCUAGCGCAGAUAUUCCGGGCGAUGGCGGGUCAUCCAGACCUGGUCGGUGGCGAGGGGCGAUUCUGCACCAAGCUCAUGGAAGCAUUCCAAGGUGGUCUUAUUGGCAAGCUCGGUGCAGAUGGUUGCUAUGGAAUAGGUAUACAGGCUUCAGAAUCAACUAGACGGCUGGGCGUGGAGGGUGCCAUUGGAAUCGCCGUCAAAAUUGAAGACGGCAACAUUGGAAUCCUCUACUCAGCUGUGGUGGAAAUACUUGAGCAGCUUCAAAUCGGAACGGCAGACAUGCGUCAUGGGCUUGCAUGCUUCUACAGACCCCGAGUAUUGAAUACUGCCGGUGUUGUUACGGGCCAGACAUCGAAUUUGUUCAGAAUUCGCGCUGUGCGAUGA